AUGGAUGAUGCAGUAGACCAGAGAGACGAGGCAUUAGAUCAGAGAGAUGAAGCAGGCGAUGAAUUGCAUACGGUUCCAGUCAGUGAAGAUGUUGUUGUUGAUUCACCAAGUUCAGAUCCAAUAGAGUUAGACAUUGAUGGUUCUUCUUCUAAUCCAGUUGAUGAAGAUUUGGUUGGUGUUGUUGUAAGUAACGGGGUUGAAGCGUAUGAGUUGUAUAACAAUUAUGCAUAUAGAGUUGGUUUUAGUGUUAGGAAGGGUAAUCAACGGUGCAAGGUAUAUAGCAAAACAGUCCAAAUGAAGAUGUUUAUGUGUUCUAAAGCUGGUUUUAAGGUUAAGGCAAAUGCUGGUGUUAGGGCAUAUUCAAAAAUUGACACAAGGUCAGGGUGUGGUGCAUGUGUUCAGUUUGACGUCGGUGAGGAUGGGUUGUGGACGGUUACAAAACAUGUAAAAGUGCACAAUCACGAGUUAUGUGCUGUAGACAAGAGUCAUCUUCUGCGUUCACAUAGAAAUGUGGGUGAUAAUCAACUGUUAUAUUUAAAAGAUUUGAAGAAGAGUGGUGUUGCAAUGGCAGAUGGUAUUAGGUUCUUGAAACAUCAAGCAGGGGGGUCUCCAUUAGUUGGCUUCACUAAUCGAGAUGCUUAUAAUUCAAUUGCUUCUGAUACAUCAAAGCGUUUGGAUGGAACCGAUUCGAACUCAUUAAUUGAAAUAUUUAGGAAGAGGCAGUCAACUGAGUCUGAUUUUUUCUUUGAUUUUGAAACUAUCAUGACAGAUCAGUGUGCAUCCAUGGCUGCUGCUAUUUGUCAGGUGUUUCCAACAUCACGUCACCGUCUUUGCAUAUGGCAUAUUGGCGAGAAUUCGAAGAAGCAUAUCAAGGCGUUAAGGAAUAACAAGGAUUUCUUAGAUAUGUUUAACUGUGUGUUGAAAUACACAGAGACUGAAGCUGAGUUUGAAUUUUAUUGGACAAGGUUGGUGACUGACUACAAGUGCCACAAGAAUAGUUGGAUACAAAAGCUGUAUGACUGUAGGGAGAAGUGGUGUCCAGCAUUCAAUAAGGACUAUUUUUCAGGGGGCAUUUUAUCAUCGCAAAGGAGUGAAACUACUAACCAUUCGAUUUCAAGAAGGCUGUCCAAGACUGCAGGUCUAUGUGAUUUUUAUUCAUCGUUUGUUAGUGUAACUUCUGAAUGGAGGAGCAAAGAGAAUGGUGAAGACUUUCGUUGUACUCAAGGGGUACCCAACAUGAUGAUGGAGCACGUGAAACUUCUGUUACACGCUAGAGAGGUAUAUACGAUUGAGAUAUAUUUUUUGUUUGAGGAACAAUUCAUGAAAGGCAAUGCCUGUCAUCAAGAAAUGGUGUUGAAUGAAGGUUGUCAGUUCAAGUAUCACGUAUGGCGUCCAGAUAUAGAUAUUAUAAGGCAUGAAGUCAGUUUUAAGUUGUCAACCUUAGACAUUUCGUGUAGUUGCAAGUUGAUUUCGGAGUUAGGAAUUUUAUGCUGCCAUUGUUUACGCAUUCUUCAUAUACACUGUGUUUCAAGUAUUCCUAACAAAUAUAUCAUGAAAAGGUGGACUAAAAAGGUUGCUGAUGGUAGGGAUGUGAAUACUGGUUCAAUGUUUUGUAGAGCUGGUGUCCCUCCUUCAAUUUGGGUUGUGGAGAUUUGCAGAAAUGGUGCCAUUCAAAAUCCUUCAAACCGGAGAUCAAAAGGUGAGCGUAACGUAAGGAGGAGUAGUGUUAUUGAAAAGAAGUACAGUGCUGCAAGGGGGAGGAGGAGUGCUGCAAAUAAAGUUGCUUCGAGUACAAAGGGUGUUGUUCAGUCGUUGGUUUUGGAAAGUCUAUCUGAGAUUGCCGGGGAUGGGUACCUUGUACAUCCAAGUUCUGGGAGUUCGGAGUUUUGUCAGUAUAGUAAUGAUGUAGAUGAUAAUGCAGUUGUAGAUUGA